GUAGUGGUCGGAGUAGUGGCAGGAAUGGAGUGUAAAUGUGAGUGCGGCCGGGGAAGCCACACCUCCCGAUCCCAGUACUCAUCACAGCAAUAAUGAUCUGCAUAUUAUGCUGCCUGCUCACCCGCCCGUCGGCAUACCGUACUGUCAUUCUUGUGGAGGAUAUACUGUAUGUAUUCUCUAGUGUCUUGACGCACACUGGCAGCCACUCACUGAUGGGACACGUAGUCUGCCUCAGCAACGCGAGCAUGCACGCACGCACACACACACCCACACACACAAACAGACACAGCGAGAAAGACAGCAUAAAAGGAGACCUGUUGUAGGAAAGAAGAAAUGGACAAAUCGGAUAUUUCCUCUGUUUCUCCCUCGCUGCGACUGAGCGGUGGUGAUUGUGGAUGCUGAACAAAUGCGACCACGCUGACACCCCAUACACACAUUCAUCACUCCACAGCAGCCACGGAUUGUUGGAUUAGUCGUCUGUGGGAGUCGCGGAUAGAACCAACAUGGGGAACCAAGCAGGAAGACCGGAGGAAACCGAGACAGGUUUUCAAGCAACUAAGAAGUCUGGCAUCCCGACUCCUAGAGAAGUUCCUUCAUCCAUGCCAAGGGACCGCAUCUCCUCGAGGGACCAGUUAAAGACCUCUACCUCUAAGAGGAUUGUUUCUAGUGCUAGCACUUCUAGCCUCUCUACCUUGGCGAAACAAACGCGUAGUUCAACAAAGUGGCGUGGAGAUGCAGAGGGCCAGGAAAAGGGCCUCCUGGAAUGUCAGGUUAAAGAGUUGUUGGCUGAAGCUAAGGCUAAAGACUUGAUGAUUAGCAAUCUUCGCAUUGAGUUGCAACGCUGCCAAGAUAAAGCUUUGACUUCCCCAUCAUCAUCACCUGUCUCUAAGUCAACUCAAGAUCUGUCUACAGAACAUAAUGAAAAUGUUGCAGAGGCUAUUGUACUAGUUGGGGAGCUGAGAGAAAAGAAUGCAAAGUUUCAAAAAGAGCUGGCAAACCUGAGGGAGGAAAACCAAGUUCUCAAGAAAAGGCUUAUGAGUUUUGAGAGCUCACUACUGCCAAACAGUCUUUCUAAACCUCAGAAAAAUGGCCUGCCUUCAGAAUGCAAUUCUUUUGGUCCACAAUUAGAUCACCUCUCUUCCCCCAGCCUUCUUAAACCUUCUGUCUCCGCUACGUCUUUGAAAGACUCACCUUCACCUGACUCGUUAGGGUUUGAGAAAAUUCUACGUUUAGAACCCCUCAGCAGCAGUGUCAGCGAUGAUGCCACUGCAGGUAGGCAAGAUGUGUCGGUGCAAAGUCUAACAGAACAGAUUCACAAGAUGGAGGAAAAUCACCAUAGCACUGCUGAAGAGCUGCAAGCCACUCUGCACGAGCUCACUGACCAGCAGCAAGUGGUACAAGAGCUGACUGCAGAAAAUGAACGUCUUGUUAACGAAAAGCUCCUCCUGCAAACCUCACUUCAGCAGCAAAGGGAACAUUUAGAGCUGCUGGCCAAAAAGAACGAGGCACUCGCAAACCGAUUUCAGGAGCAGGCCCUGGCUCAGUCCUUGAGAGAGGAUAAGUUCAACAGCGAAGGUCCUCGACUUGUUGAACUGGAGCAAAGGUAUGCGGAACUGGUUGAGAGCUCCCGCUUCGAAAGAGAGAAGCUCGUGAACAUUCAGCAGCAGCUAACUAGCGGCCUACGCGCUCUUGAGAAGGAACACCAGGAGGCCCAGGGCCAGGUGCAUUGCUUCAGAGAAGAGAUGGACAGGGUGCACACCCAAUUAAACAGGGAGUUAGAAGCCAAAGGUCACGCCGCAGAGUCUGCUGAAGAGCACAAGGCUACAGCAGAUUCUCUCAGACUGGAAAACAUUAGGCUGAAGGCACAGCUGGACAUAGAAAGGCAAAAGAUAGAUCAAAACCUAAUGGUGGGUGACCAGAAGGUCAUGCAGAGUACCAGCGAUUGUACGGAGCUGCAGGACCUGCUGAAGAUAGCCCAUGGGGAGAGAGACCAACUGAAGCAGGAACUGAGAGAGCUGAGGCGGGACCUGUUGCAAGCCCAAGCUGAGACUGAGUAUGCUCAAGCUACCAUGUCCAAGAUGGAGGCCAAAGGCCAGCAGAUCCUGGAGAGAGCAGAGAUAAGGGAGCAGGAGAUGAGCAGUCGAGUGAGUGCUUUAGAGGAGGCGGGGAUCCAGGCUGAAAAACAAGUGAAGGAGAUGAAAGAAACCAUCUUCGAGCUGGAGGACCAGGUCGAGCAGCAGCGGGCUGUCAACCUUCACACAAAUCAAACUGUGCAAGACUUGGAAAAUCUUGUUAAAAAGUUGGAGGUGCAGAAAACUGAUGAAGAACAAAAACUGAAAGUUUUCAGUAGACAAAUGGAGGAGGAAAAAGAUGAGUGGCGUCGGUUCCAGGCUGAUCUCCAGACAGCAGUGGUGGUUGCCAAUGACAUCAAGGUGGAGGCUCAACAGGAGCUGCGUACAGUCCGAAGGAAGCUGCAGGAGGAGCAGGCUCGCAGUGCACAGCUUUCUGCUAACAUGGAGGUGCUACAAGGUGUCAGGUCUCAAGGUGAUGAUUUAAAAGCGGCAGAAUUUGAGGGCAGCCGUCCGUGGUGCAGCAUGAUCCCAAGCCCACCUGUAGAUACCAAUGGUGAUGCUGACACGGAGCCUGGAGCUACUGUCAAGUCCCUCAUUCAAUCCUUUGAUACGGUUGAACACAGUGGACCUGCAGUCCACGCAUUUCAAAUCCAAAGCUCACCUCGAAGUCCGCUGAGUGGAAUACCUUUGCGCACAGCACCUGCUGCUGCAGUGUCACCUAUCCAGAGGCAGUCUCACAUAAAGCCCCUGUCAAAGUUGUUGGAAAAACGCAUCACCCACGGAAACUUUGUUCAUCCUCUCAAUAUUUUAUCCGGCAGCGGGGAAGACAUGAAAUCUACCAUCCUUAUGAGGAAGAGUCCAUCGCUGGAGUCCAUAUUUAAAAGUCCUGCUUCUCUAAGAAACCGCACUGCAUCUUUUAACUGCAACCAGGCCAACAGCAAAUUCAGUGUGGAAAGACAAGACCCCCUGGCUUCACUUGCGCAGGAGUAUGGGGGAUCUAAGAGGAACGCGCUACUGAAGUGGUGCCAGAAGAAAACACAAGACUAUCCGUAUUGGAGUGUCAAAAUGACAAAACGAAAACCUGGAAAACGAUGGAGAAGAACUGGUAAAGAAGUCGACUCUAAUAAACGAUCAAGAAGGACUUUACAAUUGUCAUCCGGUCCUGCAGCCACCAAUGUGAAUGUGGAGACUGAUGAGCAAUGUCUAAGGGGUAGCAGCAGGAUAACACUGCAGGGGGCAGUGCUUCCUGAAGGAGCCCAAAAAACUGCUCUUCAAAUCGGACACAUCCAACCUCCAGGUGUCCAUGCAGGAUGUACCACUUUGGAACAUCAAGCCUCUCCCUACCCGCAAGCACAUGAAAAUAUUUCUACUUUUGAUUCUAUCAAAGACAAUGGAAAACCAUUUUCCAGGUCAGCCCUCAUAGAUCCUCCUGAUGGCCUAACAACUGAACUACAUGUCGAUGCUGAGAAUGAUCCAUCUCAAUCAUUUGAGGAAGCUCUCCCUGAUAUGGGGGAUUGGAUGUACAAUGACGGACAUACGUUUAAUGAAGGAUUUGAAGAUAGUUUGAGUGAGGAGUGUGCAGAAGAAUCAAAUUUCAAGGACACAACAGACAAACCAAUAUAUGACAAUGCAUCAGUAACCGUGGCAGAGUGCCUUCUGAUCCUCAUGGGUUUUGUAAACUGUCAUAAAAUUACUGAUAAGGCCCUAAGCGAUUUGCUGAAAAUGUUCAAGUUGCUUUGUCCCGAUAGUCUGAAUACAGACUGCUUAAACAGUGUGCAGAAGUUCAAAAACUUUUUUUUAACCCGGUCUGCAUCAUUGCCUAUUUUAUUACAUAAAUACUGCAGUAAUUGUUUUGGGCCAAUAGAAAGUAAACAAAUAAAAUGCCUGUCUUGUGGGACCAGUGUGUCAGAAGAAAGAUCCUCAUCCUUUAUAGAAGUCCCAAUUAACGCUCAAAUAAGAUCAUUGUUCCUCAAGCCAGGUUUUCAGGAGAAGCUUAACUUCAGAUUAAACAGAAAGAAGGCAGAUGCUAACAACAUUGAAGAUAUCUAUGAUGCAGAAGUUUACAAACAGCUUGUCGAAAGGGGUGGUCCUCUUAGUGACCCUAAAAACAUCUCACUUACUUGGAACACCGAUGGGGUACCUAUUUUCAAAUCAUCCAAGUUUUCAGUGUGGCCUUUUUAUUGUAUCAUCAAUGAAUUGAGCUUCAUGGAACGCACAAAAAGACAGAAUAUGAUAUUUGCUGGACUUUGGUAUGGGGAUUCAAAACCAUCAAUGGUUACAUUUUUGAGGCCACUAAGUGACACAUUGAGUAAGCUUGCAGAUGAUGGAAUUAUUGUGCAACCUGCGGAGUUGACAUCUGAACCUUUUGUGUGUAAAGUGCUCACCAUUGCUGGAACAUGCGACUUGCCUGCUAAAGCAUUAGUCCUUAAUUCAGUGCAAAACAAUGGGAAAUUUGGAUGUCACAAAUGUGAACAGCCAGGAAAGACUGUGAAAACCGGGGAAAGAGGCCCCGCCCAUGUAUUUCCAUUCCAACAUAGAGAUCCAAAGGGGCCACUGCGCACCAAUGAAAAGUUUGUACUCGAUAUGAAAAUUGCAAAUGAAACCAAAACCAUUGUGAAAGGGGGAAAGGGUCCCUGUUGCCUGAGCAAACUUAAAAUGUAUAACCUUAUCAAAGGCACUGCCGUAGAUUACAUGCACUCAGUCCUCCUCGGAGUAAUGCGCCUUUUGAUGGUGUUGUGGUUUUCUACAGAGUUUUCUCGUCAGCCCUUCAGCAUGGCAAAAAAUACCAAAGAAAUUGACACGCGAUUUCAGGAAGUCUGUCCUCCAUCCUCAACUAGAUAUCCUCGACCAGUGGCAUCUCACAGAAUGUUUUUUAAAGCGUCGGAAUACCGGGAUUUUUUGCUGUUCUAUGGACCUGUUAUUUUCCAUGGAAUUCUUGCAACAAUGUACUACAACCACUUCUUUCUACUAAGUGAAGCCAUUUUCAUUUUGUUAAUGGAAUCUAUAUCGGUUGAACAGAUCCAUCAUGCAGAAAAACUAUUGUGGAAUUUUUGUUCUCAAAUGGCUACACUUUAUGGUGAGCGGUACGAAACAGCAAAUGUACACCUUCUUGUGCACCUGACAGACAGUGUCAGGGCCCUUGGUCCAUUAUGGACUCAUUCAUGUUUCCACUUUGAAGACAAAAAUGGAUAUUUGUUAAGGCUCAUACAUGGUACUCAAAAUAUACCUAUGCAGAUGGUAAAUGCAGUCAAACUUGUGCAGUCUAUUCCUGUUAUUUCACAAACUAUUAAACCAGGGAAUGUCAUAGCUGAAUUUUACAGACAUAUGACUAAAGAUGAUAGUUUCUGUCAGGAAAACGAAGAUUUGUCUAGGAUUAAACUAUAUGGAGUAUCUACUGAAUUUCUAUUGGACACAGUUCACCUCUCUGCAUUGCAAAUACAUGCUGGUCACUAGAUCAAUUCUGGAACAGUAAGCAUCUUUCACAAGGCACAAGUUAAGAGAAAUUAUCUCACAUCAAAACACUAUGGUAAAGGUAAUAGACGAAACAAUUUUACAGUUUUUUUUUCAAAUGACGGACAAAGAAAGUAUGGACAGAUUUAUUUCUUUUUUACCAUAGCACAAUCAUGUGCCAAUGGGCCCUCGUUCGUGAAUUUAAACAUGCUGUUUUUUCUUUGCUGCAAGAUAGAUUAACAAAUGGUACAUGCAGUCAUGUUAUUCCUCAAUUGGAAACCUCUGCCAUUACAGUAGUAUCCUUGGAUGACAUAUUGGGUAAAGUUGUUCUCCUUGAUUUCACAUCAAUGCCUGGCAUUGUGUUUGCAGUUCAUUUCCCAAACACACUUGAAAAGUUUUAACUAAUUAAGAACUGAGCUGGCCUAAGAAGCCACAAAUCAAAUAUUUGAUCAUUGUUGUAAAUGCUCUGAAAAUACACACCGAUGUGAUGUUGCCGUGGAUGCUGUAAAAGUCUGUAAAUAUGUACUUUAUAUGUAGUAUCAUAGUUGAUUAAGUUUUUGCAUUGUCUUUAAUAUUUCAGUGGCCAAUUUAUUAAAUUUACUUGUUAAAUAAAACAACUGUCUUUUUUAAUGAAUACUUAGGUCUACUACGUUACUGUAUUUUAAUAUUAGUCC